CUGCUGCUACAAUGGGGGAUGGAAUGGUGUCCCCUGACUGCAAGAACCGGAGUAGCCUACCUCCAACAGUGCCAAGCCCUAUACAACUGCUUCCAGAGAUGUCCCAGCAGUGGACAGUUGGUAUGGCCAUUCUGAUGUCCAUCAUCAUCCUGCUUAUUCUGAUGGGCAAUAUCAUGGUCAUUGUGGCCAUAGGAAAGAACCAGCGUUUGCAAACACUAACCAAUGUCUUCAUCACUUCCUUAGCAUGUGCAGACCUCAUCAUGGGCUUGUUCGUGGUGCCCCUGGGGGCCACCCUUGUGGUGAGUGGCACAUGGCUGUAUGGCUCUAUCUUCUGUGAGUUCUGGACUUCAGUGGAUGUUUUGUGUGUGACUGCCAGCAUUGAGACCCUUUGUGUCAUUGCCAUAGACAGGUAUGUUGCCAUUACCUCACCCUUCCGAUACCAGAGCCUUCUUACAAAGGCCAGGGCAAAGGGCAUUGUCUGUACUGUGUGGGCAAUUUCUGCCCUGGUGUCCUUCCUACCCAUCAUGAUGCACUGGUGGAGGGAUACUGAUGAUCCAGAGGCCUUGAGCUGCUAUGAUGACCCUGGCUGCUGUGACUUUGUAACCAACCGGGCAUAUGCCAUUGCCUCUUCCAUUAUCUCCUUCUAUAUCCCUUUGGUAGUUAUGAUUUUUGUUUACUUUCGUGUCUUCAAGGAGGCUAGGAAGCAGAUGAAGAAGAUAGACAAGUGUGAAGGUCGUUUCUAUCACAACCACCUUGCCAGGUCAAGCAGGAGAAGGCUUUCCAAAAUGUUGGUGGCCAAGGAGCACAAAGCCCUGAAGACACUGGGCAUCAUCAUGGGCACCUUCACCUUGUGCUGGCUACCCUUCUUCCUGGCCAAUAUAGUCAAUGUCUUUUAUAGGAACCUCAUCCCUGACAAACUAUUUUUGUUCUUAAACUGGUUGGGAUAUGUCAACUCCAUUUUUAAUCCCAUCAUCUACUGCAGGAGCCCGGAUUUCAGGAAAGCCUUUAAAAGACUCCUGUGUUGCCCUAGGAAGGCAGACAGAAGGUUACAUGUCACAGGAGAUUUGUCCCGACAAUCUGGUGGGUUUACCAAUUCUAUGGAAACGACCAAUGCUUUGGGGACAUGGUCUGAAUAUAAUGGGAAUGAGGAGUCUCUGGAACCAGUCUAGCAUGAGCAAAGGGCACCAUUAUGGUUAUAAGGAGCAAGUACCACUGCAAUUGGACUGUGCACUGGUAAGCAAUCAGGUAUGAAGGUUCUGUAUGGGAAUCUGACCCUACAGGGAGGUCAGUUGCACACUUUGACUAUGGAAAGCUCAGGGAUAUAAAAACACUUCAUUGGAACUAUACUACCCAAAGCACCCCCUGGUGUAGAGAUUGCACCCAACAGAUAGCAUAGCAUAAUGAAGCAGAGUUCUGUUCAUGGUACAUGGUACUCCCCAGGUAACACACAGUGACCUACCUGGAUUGUCCUUUCAAUUGCACUUAUCUCUCCUAUAUGAAUGUCAGGACAGCAAAACCAAGUUAUGGCUCUGAAAGAGUUAAGUCUGCAUUCUGUUGUUUUACAUGGGGUUAAAAACAGAAUAUGUUUCUUUUUUUUGCUAAAAUUAUUAUUUUAAAGUAUUGUAAUUUAUUGGUCUAGUGACAUAUAAAGGUCUACCUCAAGUUGUGCACAUUGCACAAGGAAAAAUCUGUUUAUAUUAAACAGGGCAUUAAAGGGAGUUUAUCCGGAUAAAAAUAUACAGGCUUCCAUUGCUGACUUGUUUUUAAAGCCCACCUGGCAUUGCUGUCAUUCUCAUCCUAGCUUUACUACUUUACUACUACUGAGUCACUGACCUGAGGACAGCAUGUGCCCAUCAGGGAGUCCUGCAACUUGGGGGUCACACACACACACUAGCUGCAUACUUGUUCAGUGAUUGACCAAGUAGUAAAGACAAGAUAAACAUGACAGCCCAGCUGCCUGAGCCUUUAAAAAGAAGUCUAUUUCUGUUCUGGUUGGGUCCUUUCAAUAUCCAGGACCUGGAUAGUACAGAGCUUAUAUUGGACGCUAUAGAGGUGGGAUCCUACAGGCUAGAAAGGGGUUAAUUAUACAUGGUAUCUGGCACAGUGUUAUGUAGGAUUUACAUUGUAAUUAUGUUUUUUUUUCUUUAAUAAAUGCUUUUAAAUCUUCUGAA